CAGUCCUUCAUUAAUUCCCACCUUUAUGAUAAUGAAGGGUUUCAUCUUAGUCCCCUUAAUCAUCUUGUUGUUUGUUACCAGUGGUCAUGCUUCACAAACAAGUGAUAUUGAGCUACCAUCAGAGGUUGGUCAGAGCAUCAAUGCAAAUGAGAUGAAGACAUACAUCAUUCACUUGACCAAGUCUGAGAGCAGGAAGUUACUCGACUACAAAGAGUUGGAGAGCUGGCACAAGUCUUUCCUUCCAAACUUGACAUUGGACUCGGGUGAGCCCCGGCUAGUGUACUCCUACUUUGAAGUGAUGAUUGGGUUCGCAGCAAAAUUAACACCUGAUGAAGUGCAAGUCAUGCAACACAUGGAUAGCUUCCUGCAUGCAGAGCUGGAUGUUCAGAAAGAUCUACUCGAGACCACAUACACUCCUAAGUAUUUAGGGUUAAGUGAUCCAUCAACUGGAAUAUGGCACACUGAGUCCAACAUGGGAGAAGGCAUCGUUAUCGGAGUGAUAGACUCAGGUAUCCCACGGAACCACCCAUCAUUUUCUGAUGAUCAAAUGCCUACAAAACCAGCCAACUGGAAGGGAAACUGCAACUUCACCAACUUCACUUGUAACAAGAAGAUCAUCGGCGGAGGGACAUAUGGAAUUAACAGCAAAGUGACUGAUCCACCAGUGGACACAGGUGGACAUGGGAGCCAUGUGGCGAGCAUAGCCACAGGGAAUUUUGUGAAGGAUGCCAUGGUUGUUGGCAAGUAUAGGUACACGGCCUCAGGGAUGGCGCCCAGAGCUCACCUGGCCAUCUACAAGACAAACUUAUCUCGUGCUGAUAGUUUGAAGAGUUAUGAUCAGGCGAUGAUUGACGGAGUGAAUAUCAUCAAUUACUCUAUAAGUGCCGAGCCAACCGAUAACUUCUACCUUGAUACUGCUGCCUUCUCUGGCUAUAAGGCCACCAAGAAAGGUAUCUCUGUGUCAGUCUCCGCCGGUAACAGGGGAGCCCCAAAAUCCCUAAGUCACUCAGCACCUUGGCUCAUGGUGGUGGGCGCAAGCUGGCCAGAUAGAAGGCUUGCAGCGACAGUGCGGCUUGGUAAUGGGGAUGAAUUCAUUGGAGAAACUGGAUUUUAUCAGCCAACUCAAUUCAACUCAUCCAAUUUUCUUCCAAUUGUAUACCCUGGAGCCAACAACAAAAAAGAAACUUUAGGUUGCUGGAGUGGUUCCCUGAAUGGGAUUGAUGUGAAGAAUAAGAUAGUGUUAUGCUGGGCAGGUGAUAAAAACAUCAACAAAGGUAGUGUUGUUCGCUCUGCCGGUGGAGCUGCCAUGAUUCUUAUGGGUUCAAUAAAGACCACUCGAAACGACCAACAUGUUCUUCCAGUAUGCCAUGUCAACUCCGACGAUGCAAGGAAGAUCCUAGCAUACUAUACCUCGCUUGGAGUAUCACCUCCCAAUGCUACCAUCAUAUUUAAUGGGCAGGUGUCCGGUCGCCGCCCGGCUCCGACAAUUGCCACCAACUCGUCUAGUGGUCCUAGUCUAACGAAUGGUGGCAUUUUGAAGCCGGAUGUGAUCGCGCCAGGCUAUGAGAUUCUUGGAGCAUCUAUUCACAAAGACAACCCCUUCAACAACUAUUUCAAGUUCGACACUGGCACAUCCAUGGCAUCGCCUCAUGUAGUAGGAGUCAUGGCUUUGCUCAAGAAGAAAUACCCAACAUGGUCUCCAGCAGCCAUCCAGUCAGCAAUAAUAACAACUGCAGAUGAUGUUGAUCUCGCUGGAAAUCCAUUCAUUCACAUGAAAAACUGGAAGCCAUCCAACAUCUUUGAUCGAGGAGCAGGACAUAUCAAUCCCAUUAAAGCAAUGAAUCCAGGCCUUGUCUACGACCGUAACUUCAAUGAUUACAUUGGCUACAUGUGUUUUCUUAAUUAUAAUCCCACAUAUAUGCAACGUUUCAAUAGUAGAAAAGUGGAUUGCUCCAAAGAGAAGAAGAUCAAACCAUCCCAACUAAACUACCCUUCCAUCAUGGUAACUUUGAGUUCCAACUCUCCAGAUGAGACUGUUAUGAGGACAGUGACCAAUGUAGGUAAUGCCAACUCUGAUUACACACCAAGAAUUUUUCAUCCAGCCAAUGCAAACUUGAUCCUCUCUACAAAUAGACUCCAAUUCUCUGCUCAAAACCAACAAUUAAGUUUUAAUGUCAAGAUAACCAUUGGGCAACCAGCUCCUGUCAAGGGCACAAUAUCUGAAGGAAAACUAGAGUGGGUAUCAACAUCAGGUGGCCAUGUGGUCCGAAGCCCCAUUGCUGUCGUCUUUGGCUGAAACAUUUCUCAUUUAUAUACAUUCGUCAUGCAUGGUGGUUUGUUGAUCUUAAUGUUUGCUACUACGAGAAUAAUGCUUGUUUUCCUUUUCAUGUAGCAUCUCACUUUGUAUUGGAUUAUUUAUUAAUUUAUGAAUGAAGGGAACUUACUCCAUAUGCUAA